UUUCCCUUUCUCGGAAUUCAUAAACUGACUGGUACAUAGUACAUACCCGGCUUUUAUAUCACGCAAUACUCGGAGUCUUCGGCUUCGUAUAAGGAUCCGACGCGUAGCUCAGAAGAUGUUCCAGUAGUGCAAUCAUAUUCUAUUUCGUCGCUUUCUUUGAAAUUGUUGCCUCACUUGCUCUUAGGUAAGCCAUCGCUUUAGUUGCAGUGGUGAGGAUGUCGACGCCAUCUAGGAAAAGACUGAUGAGGGAUUUCAAGCGGCUGCAACAGGAUCCUCCAGCAGGCAUCAGCGGUGCUCCUUAUGACAACAACAUAAUGCUUUGGAAUGCUGUUAUUUUUGGUCCGGAUGACACUCCUUGGGAUGGAGGUACGUUUAAGUUGACACUUCAGUUUACAGAGGAUUAUCCAAAUAAGCCACCAACGGUGCGAUUUAUUUCCCGAAUGUUUCAUCCUAAUAUUUAUGCCGACGGAAGUAUAUGCUUGGAUAUCCUGCAAAACCAGUGGAGCCCUAUUUAUGAUGUAGCAGCAAUACUUACCUCAAUCCAGUCAUUGCUCUGUGAUCCAAAUCCCAACUCACCAGCCAACUCAGAAGCCGCACGAUUGUUUAGUGAGAACAAGCGUGAGUACAACCGGAAGGUUCGUGAGAUUGUCGAGCAAAGCUGGACAGCAGACUAAAUUGUCUGAUGCUCAGAACAGUGUAGCAGAUUCUCGCGUUAGGGGGGGUGGUCUUUAAAGAAGCUGAGUGUUGUCCUUGCUACAUUAACAACUAAACAUAUAAAAUCCUUUCAAUUAUCUCUCUCAACUCUGUUGCUUAUUUGUGAGACUGUACAUAAAAGCUCUUGAAUUCUAGUGUGGAACUUUAUGAGUUGUUUUCCCAGUCAUUGCAUUGUUGUGAUCUAAAUGAAUUCUCCCAA